AUGCCUAACCAUGCACAAGCUAUUAUAGCGACCAAAAAAGUCGAGUUUGUCAUUGGGGACGUCAAGAAUGUCGACUUCGGGAUUCAGCCUGCCAUUUUCCAGAAACUCCAAGCCCAAGUCACGCUGGUCAUUCAUACGGCGGCCAAAAUCACACUUGAGGGACCCAUUCAAGAUGCACUCGAAAACAACUGUCUUCCUGCACUGGAAAUGGCACGCAUUGCGUCGUUGUUCCGACGAUUGAAGCUUCUUGUGCAGCUCUCUACGUCAUAUGUCAACAGCCAUCUCCCAGAUGGUCCAGUUCUAGAGCGGAUAUACCCAUUGGGAGACGGCGAUCCAGAGGAAGAAUUGGCAUCCAUGAUGGCACUUGGAAAAUCAGCAUACGCAGCUCAGUUCUCAUCCAGCUACACCUUGGCCAAGCACAUGAUGGAACGCCUGCUACUGAAACGCUUCCCAACUCUCCCGAUACUGCUGUUACGGCCAACGAUCUUUGGCCCUGCAUUGAAGCAUCCAUACGUGUUAUAUGGACCAGAAGAUUCUACGCCUCUUACCAAAUUUGCCAGAUUCUGGUACGCCGACCGCGGAGCCACCCAGAUCUGGCAUGCCACCGAAGGCUACAAAUCCGGUGCAAACAUCCUUGACGAGAUACCUGUGGAUCUGGUGACAAAUGCCUGUCUAUUACACGCAGCAGCACGUACAACAGGGAUUGUCCACAUCGGCUCCCAGCUCUACCAUCCGGUGACCUUCGACGAGUUCUUCGACCUAGCUCAAGAAGCCAGCACGCCGCUUGUCCGACGAGAAAUGCCAAAGCUGGUCUUCACGGAGGAUCACAGUGCACCUCAAUGCUUCCUUGCAGAGCUGGUCCAGGUUGGGACUCGCAAUUGGCUGUUCGACUGUGGCCGGUCCUACUGGCUGAAGCAGGUCAGUGGACCUUUAAGUAUACGGGUAUGCAAACACGAGGCCGAUAGUUUGAACAAGAUACGGAUUCUUGAUGUUUCUGGACUAUCGAAAGAGAAGGCUCGAAUCUGA